AGAAAGUGUUAAAAAAAGAGAAACACUUUCAACACAAUUAUAUAAAAGUGAAAACCUUUCAUAAAAAAAACAAAUGCAUCAGAACUAAACUAAACUGCAAUCAAAGGUUUCUCAGAACUGGAUAAAGUUUAAUUCUUUUUAAAGAAAACAUUUUAGUUUUCAAGAAAGCGAUUGUCUGAAAGAAACGUCUUUUUAGAGAAGAUGAAUCAAACUAAGAUUACCGCUUUCGGCGGCGCUGUUCAUGAUGAUUCCGAACUCCAGGAUGGAAAUGAAACCAUGUCCAUAGAAGAGUUUCUAAACACAGUUCUAGGCCCGAGACAGCUUGAAGGACCUCUAUUGAUCCCUGUAACAGUGUUCUAUGUUCUAGUAUUUCUGACUGGUCUUGUGGGCAAUCUUUCGGUAUGUUUGGUGAUAGCUCGGAAUAGGAGUUUACACAACGCUAUGAACUAUUAUCUCAUCUCCCUAGCAGUAGCUGACCUCACAAUACUUAUACUAGGUUUACCGAAUGAACUGAGCAUCUAUUGGCAUCAGUAUCCUUUCCCGUUUGGAGAACUGUUCUGUAAACUCCGCAGUUUCAUCUCAGAGACAUCGUCAUACGCGAGUGUACUCACCAUCAUGGCGUUCUCCCUUGAGCGUUAUAUUGCCAUCUGUCGGCCACUUCAGGCUCUACCCUGGUCCGACUGUACACGUGUGUCUGGUGUAUCUAGUCUCUGCUGGUUUCUAGCUAUGCUCUUCUCCUUACCCCAUCUUCUCUUCACAAAGUUAAACUAUGUUGAUUAUCCCUGGCAGAGUGGACAUAUGCUUCCAGAAUCUGCUUUCUGUGCUCUUCUCGACGACAAUAUUUAUCCACAGUGGUACCCUGUACAUGAGAUAUCGUUCCUUCUAUUCUUCCUUGUCCCUGUAAUCCUACUCAGCUUCCUUUACACCUCUAUGGCCUGUGUUGUCAGAAAAUCUGCUAGAGCUGAACUACGUCGGUCUGUCCACCGGCAUUCAACAGGUGCUCCUACAGAUCAUAGACAGCAGAUCAUACGGAUGCUUUUUUCGGUCGUUGUUAUUUUCUUCUUCUCCUGGGCUCCAUUUCAUGUUCAGGUUGGAUUAAAGAAAAAUAUAUUAUGUCAAAAGGUGUUACGCGCAUGCGGCGUAGAACAGGCUUGUAAUUCAACGCAGAAUGCACGUGGAUGUCUGUACUUCUUAUCCUCUACACUGAACCCCCUGCUGUACAACCUAAUGAGCGCAAAGUACAGAGAAGCUUUUAAGAACACGUUCUGUGGUGGGAACAAAGAAGUUGACCGCACCAAGAUACCAGCCUGGGUUACACAGACAUCAACAACUACUCUCCUCAAUACCGGGUCCCGACGAGCUAGUCACGAUAUAUUGGGCGGAUCCAGGCAGGGGGAAAGAAGUGGUUCCAUGGAUCUUGAACUUUCCAGAAUCUCAAGAGAUAGAUUCUCUCGAAAGAUGAGUUAUGAUGCAAGAUUUGAAACUGUUAUCGAGGAAAAAGAAGAUGCUUGCUAAUCUAACUGAACACACCAAAACUAUGAAAACAUUUAAUUUUUUAUUUUAUACCUUUAGAACCUGUUAAAUACUAGGUUGAAGGGACUGUAAGAGUUACUUUAAGUGAUCCUCUCUGCGAAAAGUAGAAUAAGGUUUCCAUUUUUCUAUUUUCACUUUUUUGUCGGCAUACGCGUUUUUAA